AAGCAAAGUCCUAGUCGUGUGACUUGUAGCUUAAUUCAGUUUCAGUCCACCCCGAGCGCGAAUGGUGUGAAACACUCUGCACAGCUGAAAAGCUGCAAGUCAAUGACCUCGGCAUUCAGUCAUUAUCAUCAACUAGAACAAGCACCAUGAGCCUGUGAACUGCUCUUUCGACACUCGUGUACUUCGCAGUGUCGCCCUGACACGGUUCUUGUAUGAUACAGUGACCUGUGGAACUUUUGUUGUUGUGGCUGGGAUGGGGUUUAGUAAUGAUGCCGAUCCUCCAAUCACCUUGAAGAGCGUUGCUGUCUUGAAUCAAAAUGAUGUCCCCUUCCUUGGUAUUCCUCCUUUCCACAUGGCUGUAUCUGUCCCUGACUCUGUUCUUAAAUGGUCCGUAUGGUACCUCAGGCGAAGCUCUGCCGGGUAGGAGAUCAUUCUGACAAAGUUAACUUCCAUCAUCUGGAUGGUUUAUUGGGUGUUAGAUUGACAAGCUGCAUUGCCUCAAACAUCAUGGUUUGCAACUCAUUGGUCUCCGACAGCUGCAUUUAGCGCUUUCUUGAUGGAUUUCACAAAUGCUUCUGUUACGCCACUCAUCCAUGGAGCAUCGCCUGCAGUAAAAUUGCCGUUUGAUUUUAUGCUUCCCAUCAAAUGCCUGGAGUUUGUGCUGGUCUAGCCUACUGACAGCAUUCUUUAACUCUUUAGAUGCAGCACGAGCUGGGUACCGCAAUCACUGUAGAUCUUCUUAGACCAGCCUCUGAUACUUUAGAAUGGCCGCAUCACUUGGAGGAAGGAAUCAGUUGAGUAAUCCUUGCUGACAUUGACAUGCACUGCACGGAAGGAGAAGCAGACCAAAGUCACUCCAUUGCAUUUUCGGCGAAUACUCUUCUGCACCUCUUCCUUGAUAGUUAAUGGUCCAAAGAAAUCUAUCCCAAAUGUAUAGAAUUGCAGCAAAGGCUGCAGUCUUUAAUACAAUGCACCUGUGACAAUGCUUUUGACUAACCUUUGGAGAAUAGUAAUCCAGAAGCAACAUCAGAUUAUAGCAACAGUAGCAGCAACGUCUAGGUGUCCACCCUUCCUGUGUUCAUCUUCAGCAAUCAGUUGCAACAGACGGUGAUUGAGAAGGGGGAGGAUGAACGUUUGCCUGUUCUGUGUCGCCUGCAUCUAGCACUCAGCUCAGCCUCUGACAGCUACAACAGUCAAGCCAUCUUUAUACUUUGGACAGAGUCUAAUAAACUUGCCCUCUUCAAUGUCUUUGGUAAUUAACUCUUGUACAUCCCUAAUCUUGAAUCGCUCAGCUGCAUCAAGGUCUUUGGUCUUAAGUUCGUUCAGUCCGCUGGGUGAGUGUUCAGUAACUUUAUUAUAACGCUUAUAAAGCUUCAGUAUUCUAGCUGUGGUAUUCGUCAAUAGCUCAUUCUUACUAAACCUUCCAAUGUUGAUUCUAGUUUCCAAUAUCUCUUUCUCUGUUGUCUAACAUUUGUGACUGCUUUGUGGUGCUUGGGUGGCUCUUCUACAUUGGCAUGGCUCGAUACCGGCCACUCCUCUACUGGCUGCGUAAAAAAGUCUGGGCCUCUCUGCUAUGUGCCGCGUGGUCCUAGUUCCGUGGGGUUUUUCCCUCAAGUUAACCAGUCUGCAAUGUUUAAGUUUCCUGCUACCCAAAACCACUCCUGAGGACUUGUCUUCCCUUGAAUUUCUCUGAUUUGCUUCGCUGCCUAGGUAUUGAAGCGGUAGCUUUCCUUGCUUAUCAUGGCCUUAACUAUUUUGCUGUGUACAAUGUGAUAAACAACAGUGAAAGUGUAUCUGGUCUCAGCUGGAGUGAAAACUCUCAGUCACUUACCAAUAACAGUGCCACUCAGCUCAAGGCACACAAUGUCAAUAACCAGGUAACAGGAGCUAUCCUGUUUGUGCUGGCAAUUAUACUUGCUUCAUAUGUCCCAUCUUUUGUCAACCACCUAGCAUAG